AUGUCUUCUCCAUCUCCUUCCCAACUUUCUCCAUCUCAUUCUGAGGGUGGGCCAGUCGUUCCCCAUCUCAAGCAUCGUAUCAUCCAACUUGAAGAUGAAAUUAAAACAAUACAAGACCGCAAAAAACGCGAUGCAACUGAGAGUACUUGCAUAUGCGAAACCACAUUGGCUCGUGGUAUCAGGAAAGUUGUCACACUGCGCGUGCCACUGAAAGCAAUUGUCGACGAAAAUGAUCGGCGCGCAUCUGCUGACGGCCAUGAACAGAUUCGUUCAGCACUUUCAGAUGAAGAGAAAGAACUGGAAAGAGAGCAGGAUAGGAACUUUGAGUCCUUCAAAAGCCUUGUAAAGCUCUUCGGGAGAUUGCUCUUGAGCCGUGUUUUGGAAGGCGAGGGAUAUCUCGACCGCCUCAAGACUGUGAGUGAUGCUGAUGAGCAAGGACAAGCGCUGUCACACUGGGUCACGGAUGUACUUGUUUCGACUAAAACAGAGGUGGCCAACUGGCUUAACGGUAUCGACAAGAACGAUCUCAUUGCGGGUGACUAUGUCGAGCCGCGUUCGUCAAUAUUCAAUCCUCACACCCGUGAAGGGCGGGGUUUUCAAAAUUCGAUGACAGGGCGACUCCUCACUCCAAUCGACUACAACUGGGAUGAUCCUGAUGUUUGCCAAAAGAUUCGAGAUCUCCAUCCAGAUUUCCCAACUCACGAACUUUAUCUGCGGCUGCUGUAUGCUGGUUAUUCUGGCGAUCCAAACAAUUUCCGCAAAGGGUUUUUGAAGUCAGUUUUACUGGUCCGGACAUUGAAGCAUAUCCUCACGUCUUCCUCCUCGACUCUCGACUAUGUGGGCGAAAGCAGCCAUUCAGGCAGCGAAGAUGGGCCACCACCCAGGAAACAUCAAUGCCACAAUAAGACAGGCAGAGAGUCAUCAAAGAAGCACAUCGCUUCACUCCUUGGUAUCACCACAGUUUCGCAUUUCGCUGAUUCUGCUCCUCGACGUGGCAACGUUUCUGCUUCCUAG